AUGACAUUCGACCGAGCCCGAGGUCGUGUCACGCUGGCGGCGCCAUCCUACUCGUACUACUACCCGGUGCAGGCGGCGCCCGUCUCGUACGCUGCGGCGGCUCCCCUCCAGUACGCGGCGCCGGCGCCCGUGACCUACGCUGCACCGUCCUAUGCCCCGGCCGUGACGUACGCAGCGGCGGCGCCGGCGGUGGUCCAGGCUGCCCAGCCCGCCGUCAUUCAGUCGAGUCCACAGGUGGUGUACCAGCAGGCCCCACCUCAGCAGCAGGUGGUGUACCAGCAGGCCCAGCCGCAGGUGGUGGUCCAGCAGGCCCCGGCGCAGACAGUGUACCAGCAGGCCCCGGCGCAGACAGUGUACCAGCAGGCCCCACCUCAGCAGCAGGUGGUGUACCAACAGGCCCCGGCGCAGCAGACAGUCACGGUGGUCCAGCAGUCGCCGCCGCAGACAGUCACGGUCCAGCAGGUGGCCCAGUCGCCGCCGCAGACGGUGACUCUGAACCAGCCGCCGGUGACGGUCACCUCGCUACCCCAGACGGUCACGGUGCAGCCGCUGGCCAGCACGGUCACCGUGCGAGAGCCGGCCGUCACGGUGACGGUGGUGGAGCCGCCGCCGCGCGAGCCCGCCGCCGGGUACGGGGCGCCCGCGCGGGACCCCGCGCCGGCCGCACACUCGUACGGCAAGUGA